AUGGCAAUUAGCAGACUAUCACUUUGUGAAUCCAAAGAUUCUAUGCCCAGGCCAGUGGAAGAUCCAGGGCCAAGGAAUGAUGAGGAAACCAAAAGAGAAGAGGGUGCAUCAAUUCAUGAUUUUCAGACCCCCGGAGAUAAAAAUGACAAGGCUUUUAAGGACAUUUUGAUUCCUUGUUCUAAAUGUCAAAAUGGCAUAAGUCAGUCUUUACUUUUAAGUCACCAACAGCAACACCAAGCUCUUACAUUACUAGGUUAUAAACAAAUGGAAUAUCCAAAAGAUAUAGAGCACCUUGCUUUACAAAAAAAUCAAACAAUAUCUAAAAUAAAAAGUGUUUCAAAUUAUAAGAUGAGAAAAGAACACAAGAUUAAUCACUCCUAUGAAAUACUAAAGGAAAUGUUAUUCUCCCCUACAACUUCUAAUUGCAAAAUUGAAAGACAAAUCUGUCACCAAUUUCAAGUUUAUCAACAUGAUACAGUCAAUGACUUAAUUGGAGGUCUUGCAGUUUGCUCUGAUAGAAAUAUGUUAUGGCAAAAAGAUAUGGAGGAUACAUUUGUUGUCCUUGACAAUUAUGGAAACCGAGCAAACACUUCCUUUAUUGGUGUAUUUGAUGGAUGUAAUGGCAAGUCUGCUGCUUGUACAUUGUCAGAGGACCUUCCUGUUCUAUUUCUUUCCCAAUUGUCAAACAAUGAUCCAUCAUACAAAAUGAGUGAUAAAGAAAUAAAAUGUAUUAGUUCCUUUGAUACAGUUUUCAAUUCUCACUACAAGGACAUAGAGAAUGGUUUUACUUCCUCUGUGACAAAUUUAGAAAAAAGAACAGGUUUUGAAUGGAUACACGUAUCAUAUGCUAAAGCGUUUUGGAGAAUGGAAAGGAUUUUACGCUUAGGAAGGAACGAAACAUCAAAAAUGAGAUGGAGUGGCAGCACUGCAGUAACCUGCUUAAUAGAAAAAACCUAUAAUGAUAGCACAGGGGAAGACAACAUACUUGGAAGUAGUGACCAGGAAAGUCAAACAAGGAAAAACAGGCUUGGGAUGCUACAUAUGGCAAACAUUGGAAACAUACAAGCUGUUUUAUGCAGAACUGGGAAAAGCUACCGCCUUACUAAGAACCAUAGUACAUCAAGUACUCAUGAAAAAAAACGUGUCGUAGAAAAUAGAGGAUCAGUCAGUACUAAUGAAGAUCAUGGUCUAGUUGGAGGAUUUAGCAAAGCAACACGAGGUCUUGGUUUCCACGGAGACACCAAACUGAAGAAUUCCAUAAUUCCAGCACCUCAUACUAUAUCAAUACCGAUUUAUGAUUCUGACCAGUUCCUUGUUGUUGCAUCAAAUGGUUUAUGGGAAGUUCUAAGUAAAAAACAAGUUGUUGCAAUAGCAAUUCAGGAGCUUGUAUCUUUCUUAAAUGAUUCCAACAAUUCAAAACCAAAAAAUGCUAAAACUCAAAAUGAUACAGAAAAUGAAACAAAUGAGGCAGAUUUGUCAACAUCUGAUUCAUCAAAUCAUUGUAAUCUAGAACCUAGUAUGCUGAAUAAAGUUGUAAGAGUUCCUGUAGCAAAUAUACAAAAUAGUGUUGAUAAUAAGGACAGAAUGGCAGACCUGUCAAAAUCUGAUCACUAUGAUCCAAAUAAUUUAGUGCUACAUAAUGACCUCUCUCUUCUUUUGAAUACACAAAACAGUGAUGUAAAACGUUCAGUACUGAAGGAUGAUACUGGUUUUGAAACAGGUGUGAAAUGUUCAGACAAAGGUGAAAAUCACUUGAAAGAAUUAUAUGGAAACGCAUCAAUUUAUGUAUGCAAACAAUUGGUGAAAACUGCAAUGUUGGUAGGGUCACAAACAAAUGUUACAGUUUGCCUCAUACUAUUACCUGGAUGUGAAAACAUGCACAAACUGCAGAAUGACUUGGUAUCUAAUAAAAGUUUUAAAAGUAAUUUUCUGAGAUAA